AUGGGCCUGUCACUGGGCCGCCGACUUGGCGAGCCGUCCUGUCCGCGUCACUUGGCCGCUUGGUCCUGCGAGAUGAUCGAUCCUGCUAGCAGUAAGGGUUUUCUCAUUGACCCCCCCAACCUUGCUUUCGAAUUGGCGCCCCCCCUUCUCAUCUUCGUCGCCUGUUUUAUGCACUCUUUCGACCUCGCGUAUUUACUGCAUUUCAAUCUUUUUUCAUUCUUUCUUCAAUAUUUUCUUGGCUUUGUUUUGCUUACUUCGCAAAUCAAAAGCAUUUCAGCUUUUCAUCUUUUUUUUUUUCUAUUCGUUCACCUAUUCCUUUUUCAUUCUCAUUUUUUAUUCUCCCUCUCUAUGCUCCUUCUUCUUUUGUUUUUAUUCUUCCACUCCCUCUCCUCCUUUUAUUCUUCCACUCCCUCUCCUCCUUUUAUUCUUCCACUCCCUCUCCUCCUUUUAUUCUUCCACUCCCUCUCCUCCUUUUAUUCUUCCACUCCCUCUCCUCCUUUUAUUCUUCCUCCCUCUCCUCCUUUUUUUUCUUUCCCUCCCUCUCCUCCUUUUAUUCUUCCCUCCCUCUCCUUUUUUAUUCUUCCCUCCCUCUCCUCCUUUUUUUCUUCUUCUUCCCUUCUCCUCCUUUUGAAUUUUGUCCUCUCUCUUUUUUAUUCUCGUUUUUCUCUCCUCUAUUUUUGUUCUCUCCUCCUUUUAUUCUUCUCUCUCUCUCCUUUUUAUUCUUCCUCUCUCUCUCUUUCCCUCUCCUCUCUCUUUUUAUUCUUCUCCUUUUUAUUCUCCUUCUCUUUUUUAUUAAUUCUUCUAUAUCUCUUUCUAUUCUUUAUUCCUUUUGUCUCUCUCUCUUUUUUCUUCUUUGUUCUUUUGUUUCUCUCUCUUUUUCUUCUGCUCUCUCUCUCUCUCUCUCUCUGUUUUGUUCGCUCUCUCUCUCUCUCUCUGUUUUGUUCUCUCUCUCUCUCUCUCUCUUUUGUUUCUCUCUCUCUCUCUCUCUUUUCUCUCUCUCUCUCUCUGUUUUGUUCUCUCUCUCUCUGUUUUGUUCUUCUCUCUCUCUGUUCAUUUCUCUCUCUCUCUCUCUCUGUUUUGUUAAUUUCUCUCUCUCUCUCUCUUUUUUCGCUCUCUCUCUCUCUCUCUCUCUUUUCUCUCUCUCUCUCUCUCUCUCUGUUUUGUUCGCUCUCUCUCUCUCUCUCUCUCUUUUGUUCUCUUCUCUCUCUCUUUUUCGCUCUCUCUCUCUUCUUCUCUCUCUCUCUUGUUCUCUCUCUCUCUUCUUGUUCGCUCUCUAAAAAAUCAAAUUCUUUCUGUUCUCUCUCUUGUUUUCUCUCUCUCUCUCUUUUUCUCUCUCUCUCUCUUUCUCUUUUCUCUCUCUCUUUUUUUCUCUCUCUUUUGUUUUUAAUCUCUCUCUUUUUUUUCUUCUUUUAUUUUCUCUUUUGUUUUUCUCUCUCUCUUUUUUUUUUCUCUCUUUUGUUUUUUCUCUCUUUUUUUUUUUCUCUCUCUUUUUUUUUCUCUCUCUUUUGUUUUUCUCUCUUUUUGUUUUCUCUCUUUUUUUUUUUUCUCUCUUUUUUUUUUUUUUCUUUCUUUUUUCUCUCUCUUUGUUUUUUUUUUCUCUCUUUUUUUUUUUCUCUCUCUCUCUUUCUCUCUUUUUUUUUCUCUCUCUCUCUCUCUUUUGUUUUCUCUCUCUCUCUCUUUUGCUUCUUUACUUUCUUUUCUAUAUUGUUUUCCCCUCUCUCUUCAUUUUUCUCUUUCUGUUCGUCUCAUUCUUUAUUAUAUCUGUUCUUUUUUUUUCCUUACCCUCUCCCCCUCCUUAUCCUUAUUUAUUAUUCUCUCUUUUUAUCUUCGUUUUCUUUUCUCCUUCCCCCUAUUCCUGCUUGUCUUUUCUUUCUAUUUCUUAUCUGCCUCUCUCCAUCCUUUCAACCCCACACGACAACUACAAUGAAUAGCUUUUUCUUUCAUUUCCAGUUUCUCUUCAUUUUCCACUACAAAAGGAAGGGAGAUUUUCUCUCUCACUCAUUCCCUCUCACUCUCUCUCAUUCCCUCUCUCUCUCUCUCAUUCCCUCUCUCUCUCUCUCAUUCCCUCUCUCUCUCUCUCAUUCCCUCUCUCUCUCAUUCCCUCUCUCUCUCUCUCAUUCCCUCUCACUCUCUCUCUCUCUCAUUCCCUCUCACUCUCUCUCUCUCUCAUUCUCUCUCUCUCUCUCUCUCUCUCAUUCCCUCUUUUCUCUCUCUCUCCUCUCUCUCUUUCUCUCUCAUUCUCUCUCUCUCUCUCUCUCUCUCUCUCUCUCUCUCUCUCUCUCUCUCUCUCUCUCUCUCUCUCUCUCUCUCUCUCUCAUUCUCUCUCUCCUCUCUCAUUCUCUCUCUCUCUCUCACUCUCUCAUUCUCUCUCUUAAAACUCUCUCAUCUCUCUCUCUCUCUCCUCUCUCAUUCUCUCUCUCUCUUUCUCUCUCUCAUUCUCUCUCUCAUUUAUUUUAUCUCUCAUUCACUCUCUCAAAAUCACCUCUCUCUCUCACUCUUUAUCUCUCAUUCUCUCUCUCUCUCAUUUAG